AGGUUUAACAUAGGUGAACACAAAUCUACCCUUUAAAACGAAGCAAAAACCGAAAACCCUAAUUCUCACAGCACUCGUCUCUCUACCGCUGCGCCGUUUACCUGUUCUCCUGAUCAUCUCUGCAACUACACCACUCGGCAGCCAUGGGAAAGGUGCACGGUUCUUUGGCUCGUGCCGGUAAGGUGAGAGGCCAAACACCCAAAGUGGCCAAGCAGGACAAGAAGAAGAAGCCCCGCGGCCGCGCUCACAAGCGCUUGCAAUACAACCGCCGAUUCGUGACCGCCGUGGUUGGAUUCGGAAAGAAGAGGGGACCAAACUCCUCAGAGAAGUAGGGCAAAGAUUCAAGCUUUGAAAGGAUGACAAGUGCUUCGUAGAUUAAGAAAAAUUAAAGGCUUUAUUUUUGUUUAAGUGUUGGAUUAUGUAGGUUUUUUUUUUAUCUAAUUUGAAUUAGCAGCAAUGCGAUUUUGUUUCUGGUUUCUUCGUUUA